AUGGCAGCCGCUACUGAGCACAAGUUGCCCAUUGAUCCCAAGUACGAUCACUACACCUUCCCCACCACCGCCCCGGAAGCCCAUACUGGUCACCCUGGCCACACCACUCCGGAGCAGGAUGCGAAAGUCGUGCAGUUCCGCGCCGAGCUCGAGAAGGAGGGCUACACUGAGCGAUUGGAUACCUUGACGCUUCUGCGUUUCCUGCGUGCCCGCAAGUUUGUUAUCGCUGACGCCAAGGCUAUGUUCACCAACUGUGAGAAGUGGCGCAAGGAGUUCGGAACUGACAAGCUUCCCGCUGUCUUCGAAUAUACCGAAAAGGCUGAGGUGUUCAAGUUCUACCCUCAAUACUACCACAAGACCGACAAGGAUGGCCGUCCCGUCUACAUUGAGAAGCUAGGCAAGAUUAACCUUGACGCCAUGUACAAGAUCACCACUAGCGAGCGCAUGCUCCAGAACCUGGUCACCGAAUACGAGAAGCUGGCCGACCCCCGUUUGCCCGCUUGCUCGCGCAAGGCCGGCAAGCUGCUGGAGACCUGCUGCACCAUUAUGGACCUGAAGGGCGUUGGUGUCACUAGCAUUCCCUCCGUUUAUGGAUACGUUCGUCAGGCUUCUGAAAUCUCCCAGAACUACUACCCCGAGCGCCUGGGCAAGCUGUACCUCAUCAACGCUCCCUGGGGCUUCGGUGCUGCCUUUAACUUCGUCAAGGGUUUCCUUGACCCCGUCACCGUCGAGAAGAUUCACGUUCUUGGCAGCGGAUACAAGAAGGAGUUACUCUCCCAGGUUCCUGCGGAGAACCUGCCCGUUGAGUUCGGCGGUACCUGCUCUUGCGAGGGUGGCUGUGAGCUCUCCGACAUGGGUCCCUGGCAAGAGGCUGAGUGGGCUCGUACCCCCGCCUGGGCUGCCCUCAAGGAGGAGGCUGCUCCCAAGCAAGACGGGGCUGCCGUCAUCGAGAACCAGGACCCCGGUUAUGAGAAGAAGGAUGUCGAGGGCCAGGAGGGUGCUCAGGCCAGCGCAUAA